GAAGAUAAACCCUCUGGUGGACCAACUGACUGAGGUGUGAAAGAGAAAAAGUGAAAGACUUCAGACUUCAAACCUCUACAUUGUCUUUAAACCCCCAAAUAGCCAUGGAGCAAGAACUUCAACAGUGCAUUUCCUUGGAUGGGAACAGUCUCACAACAGCAGACCUGGUUAGCUUGGGCAAAGGGCUCGUCAAGAUAAAGCUUACCCCAGAGGCAGAGGAACAUAUAAAACGGUCAAGAGAAGUAGUUGAUGAUAUUAUUGCACAAAACAAAGUCGUUUAUGGAAUCAACACAGGUUUUGGAAAACAUGCUGAUAAAGUCAUAUCAAAGGAGAAACUCAAAGAGCUACAGAAAAAUCUGGUCUUCUCCCAUGCAGCAGGUGUGGGCAAUCCGUUGAGCCCCGAGAGAACCAGGAUGCUUCUGGCUCUGAGGAUCAACGUUCUGGCCAAAGGACACAGCGGCAUCUCCUUGGAAGCCGUCUACACGAUGAUCGAGGCUUUCAACACUUCCUGUCUGUCCUUCGUGCCUGAGAAGGGGACGGUUGGUGCCAGCGGAGACCUCGCCCCCCUGUCCCACCUGGCCCUGGGACUCAUGGGAGAGGGAAAGAUGUGGUCGCCAAAGACUGGCUGGGGCGAGGCCAAAAGCGUACUGGAGGCUCAUGGACUAAAACCUCUCUCACUGAAGGCAAAAGAGGGCCUGGCUCUGAUAAACGGGACUCAGAUGAUCACAUCUCUGGGUGCAGAGGCUGUGGAGAGAGCCCUGGCCAUCGCCAGACAGGCUGACAUCAUCGCUGCUCUCACCCUGGAGGUGCUGAAGGGGACGACCAAGGCCUUCCACAGCGAUAUUCACGCAGUGCGGCCCCAUCCGGGUCAGAAUCUGGUGGCCUGGAGGUUUCGCUCUGUGCUGGACUCCGACGUCUUCUGCUCUGAGAUCACAGAGAAACACAGACCCAAACAGAGAGUGCAGGAUGCAUACUCCCUGCGUUGCAGCCCGCAGGUCCAUGGUGUGGCCAACGACACCAUUGCUUUUGUGAAGAACAUCAUAUCAACUGAGAUGAACAGUGCCACGGACAACCCUUUGGUUUUUCCAGAACGAGGCCUGAUUAUAUCAGGAGGAAAUUUCCACGGUGAAUACCCAGCCAAGGCCCUGGACUACCUGGCCAUUGGGAUGCAUGAGCUGGCCUCCAUCAGUGAGAGGAGGAUCGAGCGUCUCUGUAACCCAUCUCUGAGUGAAUUGCCUGCCUUCCUGGUCAAUGAAGGGGGUCUGAACUCAGGGUUCAUGAUCGCACACUGUACUGCUGCGGCUCUAGUGUCGGAGAAUAAAGUGCUGUGCCACCCCUCUUCUGUGGACUCCUUGUCCACCAGCGCUGCCACUGAGGACCACGUGUCCAUGGGAGGCUGGGCAGCCAGGAAGGCCCUGAGAGUGGUGGAGCAUGUGGAGCAAGUUCUGGCCAUCGAGCUCCUGGCUGCCUGUCAAGCCCUAGAAUUUCAUCGGCCCCUGAAGACCACGCCCCCCCUGGAGGAGGUCCAUCAGCUCAUGCGCUCAGUCGUCAGGCCAUGGGACAGUGACCGUUUCAUGAAUCCUGACAUCGAGGCGUCUCACAAACUCCUGAGAGAGAAGAAGGUGUGGGAAGCAGUCCAUCCAUACAUGGAGCAAUACAGAGAGAGACAUGGACCGAAUCCAUCUGAGCAGGGGGAAGACAUGAGCCAGCUUUUCUGCUCUAAAUGAGUCACUGUCUCAUCAAAGUACCACUGCUGAACACUAAUACACAUUCCUAUAGUUAUAGACUAUAGUUUUGUACUGUAUCUGCAGUGGUUAAACUUAUAUAAUAUCUGGCACUUAAAAUGCCAUUUUUACAGCAUCAUUAUAUGUAAUAAAUAAAUGGAAAUGUAUUUGUGAUUUGGAAUGUGAUUUGGAAUUUCAGGUGCUUUUAAACAAAUUGUCGAUGUGACAAUGAAAUCACUAUUUAAGGUCUGUUCAUUUCCAUUUCCUUGUUUCAAUGUGCAGUUACAGCUUCACAUACCUUUUCUAUGCAAAUAUGCAGCAUAUGGAUGAAUAUCUGAGUUCAACCUUUCUCCACGGUUGUGAACAUUUAUAAAUUCUGCUCAUUACUCUAGUCAGCACCAUUAUUUUCCAUUUAUAAACACGUUUUCAUUGCAAUGACAUGUUAAUUAAUUAUGCAUGCCCUGUUAGGAUGAUAUUAUCUUAGGAUCAUAUCAAAUAUUUUACACCUUUUAUCAUUGUAAAUACAUAAAUGGAUAUACUAUAACAUAAAUAUAAGCUAUUCCAGUUUGCGCUCAUUUCUAUCCAUAUACAUCUGAUCUAAACCAUGAUCUAUACACAACAUAUCAAAAAUCUAAUUAUUUCCUUGCAAAACCACUGGGUGACACCUGUAACCAUCUUACAUUAUUUACAGAAAAUGUAAAUCAGGUGUAUACUUAUGCAUGAAAAGCAAAAAUAAAUCUCAUUGUUACAUUGUGGAA